AUGAUGGUGUUUGAGGGGGAAGGAGGAAUAGAAUGGAGGGAAGGGGCUCUGAGCAAGAGAAGAAUGGGUGUCAGCAGCCCCUACGGCGAGGUCAUCUGCGGGGACCUCUGCAUGUUGGGCUCCCGGCCGGUGACGGGCAGCGUCUGCAGCACCCCCUGCAGCAGAAACCUGGCGGUGGGCACCGGCCUGUGCGCGCCCUGCGGCCAGAGCAGUGGCAACAGCCUCCUGGUGCGCUUUGCAUAG